CACAGCUAACACCAAGAUAAAUGCUUGCAAAGUCUUGUGCUAAUUUCAAACACUCCAGUCUUCUUCGAGUCCGAGCAGAUAUUUUCCAUUUUCUCUCUGCUUCAUCCUCUUCAGGCUCUGCCACAGCUUUUCUUCCUGGGAAAAGGCCUGCGAAUCUCCCAUGGGGUCUGAAAUGGUUAUGGUGGAUGAGUUCCCUUUUCCUUCGCAGAUCACCACUACCAAGCCUCUAUCACUGAUGGGUCAUGGACUCACGGAUGUUGAGAUACAUUUCCUCCAAAUCAAGUUCACCGCUAUUGGAGUGUACUUGGAUCCUGAAAUUGUCGGACAUCUAAAGCAAUGGAAGGGAAAGCCAGGAAAUGUAUUGGCUGAAGAUGACGACUUCUUCGAGGCUGUCGCUUCUGCCCCUGUGGAGAAAUUCUUCAGAAUCGUAGUGAUCAAAGAGAUCAAAGGCUCUCAGUACGGGGGGCUUUUGGAGAGUUCUGUCAGGGACAGGCUCGCGGCUGAAGACCUGUACGAGGAGGAGGAGGAAGCGGCCCUCGAGAAAGUAGUCGAGUUCUUCCAGUCCAAGUACUGCAAGACUAAAUCGGUCAUCACAUUCCACUUCCCAGCAACUUCCAAUACUGCUGAGAUUGCCUUCAGCACCGAAGGGAAGGAGGACUCAAAGAUGGUGCUGGAGAAUGGGAACGUGACCAAGAUGAUCAAGAAGUGGUACUUGGGAGGGACAAGCGGAGUGUCUCCGACCACCAUCACCAGUCUUGCCAACACCCUCUCUGAGAAGUUGUCCAAAUGAGAGAGAGAGAGAGAGA